CAGUGCGGUUUCAAACGGACUCGGUACACAUCGUCGCCUUUAUGGACUACCUGCAGUAGUCCAGACUGACAAUGGUGAACUUCUGUGCUAUUGUUGGUUGUGCGAUGCGGGCGGACCGCGACGCGGGUCGUUCUUUCUUUCGAAUACCGGCUGUGGUCACGCGCCAAGGAGAGCAGACUCGAGAAGUGUCACAAAGAAGACGGGAUGGCUGGCUGUCGAGGAUUUCAAGAGCUGACGUAAAGGAAUCAAGCAUCAAGUACAUGAGAGUCUGUGAUCUGCACUUUGUAUCGGGACAUCCAUCAGACCUGUUUCCCCCAGACACAACAGACUGGUUGCCAUCAUUGAAUCUGGGCCACAACGAGGUCCCAACACCACCUCCAGGAGCCCCGGCCCGUGCAGUUCAUCCCAGAAACCGCAAGAGGAGGAAAGUUUUAGAAGCUGCCGAGAGUUUGGUGGCUUUACAGAUUAUGUCAUCAAGUGACUGUGCGACAGGUGGCUGUGAACCAAUGGAGGACCACAAAUACAUGCGGCAGCCAGAAGAGGAGGAAACUGGUCAGGCGUGUCAGACCGAUCUCACUGGCGUCCUGAUCACUGGCAUGCAGGAUGAGAUCAACCGUCUCACUGCAGAGAAUUUGGAAUUAAAAAAGCAACUGGCAGCUGCAUAUGCACAACAUUUGCCAGUGCAAGUAAUGGAUUACUUCUUUACCAACACUGUUUCUGAGGACAGCUGUCCUCACCCUGGCCCUCAGGAAAAAGAACUCCCCCAGCACCAUGACUGUAGGGAGACAGUGGACUUUAAAACGGAACCAGACUGUUGGGAUGGACCAGACCCUUCACAGAUCAAAGAAGAACCAGAGGAAGUAGAACUUCAACAUUUCAAACAGGAGCAGGAGGAACCAGAACCUCUGCAGAUGGAGGAGCACGAGGAACCCGACACCAGCCAGGAGGGGGAGCGGCUCACGCUGAAGUUUGAAGUUCUGGAAUAUAUGGGGCAGCCUGUGGUGCAGCUCCAGCUGUUAGACGAUCGCAGCACGGCGGGUGAGGCAGCACCUCCAUCUCCUCCAUCAAACACAAGUGUGGCGCCUCCUGACGGUCCGGCAUCACAGUCUGCCGAGAGUAACCCAUCCCCCCCAUCACAAGCUGAGGGUGUCAAACCCGGUCCGGUGAAUGACAUGGUGAUUCGCUCAGCCAGACCCAAGGAAAGAAGAGUGGGGGAGGGCAUCAGGAGCAACUUGUACAGGGGAGUCACCUCGCCUCUCCCUGAGAUUUCCGCACUCCGGGUCGAUGAGGUUUACCAUGAUCUUCCCAGUGAUACGGCUCCAUUGAUAACAACUAUGGCAAUAUCUAAUGAUGUACCUCUGGUUGACUCUCUGUUUGGGGAAGUGCAAGAAGGAAGCGUGUUGUCCUAUCACAUGCCAGCAAAGAAAGUGCCAAAAACCUCUCCACACUCACACGCCCCUUGUCCACCUCAGCUGCCUCUUGCGAAUUAUAGGCUGCCAGCAUCUCAAGCAGAGGCCUCUUUUGUCUUCGCUGAGCAUCAGAAAUUGUACAUGAGCACUUUGCAAACAUCCCUCCAUCAAGCACACACCAUUGAGAAUUCUACAAAACGGCAGAGUUCCUGCCACGAGUGGCAUGAACUAAGGCGACCUCGUGUCACUUCCACCAAAUUUAGAGAGAUCUGUCAUUACAGAGGAGUGACAUCUGCCAAAAAUCUAGCCAAAAGGCUUCUCGGACCUUCUCAUCAGACUGAAGAUAUGAAGCGGGGGCUGGACAAGGAACCUGUGGCAGUGGAGGAGUACUGCAGACUUAUGGAAGUUAACCACUAUCCAUGUGGUUUCCUUAUCCAUCCCGAUGCACCGUGGAUGGGCUGUUCACCUGGUGGUGUUGUGUUUGAUCCACGGGGGGAGCCAAUGUUUGGACUUGUUGAGGUUAAAUGCCCAAAUGUAGCAAGCUACGUGGAUUGCCCAUACAUAAAGAUCAGUGAGGGCACUGAAACUCUAAGAAAAUCCCAUCCCUACUAUUGGCAGAUCCAGGGCCAGAUGUUGAUUUCUGGACUUGACUGGUGUGAUUUUGUGGUCUAUGCGCAGGAAGACAUGUUCAUUAAGAGGAUUCCCAGAGACGAGGAGGUCACAGAAACAAUUAAAGAAAAGGUUGACAGUUUCUUUUUCAACUUUUACCUCCCUGCUUUCCUGGAAGAACAGAGCAAAUAAAUUCUGCCCUGCCCACCAACUCCAAUGUCUUAAGUUUCAUUUUUAAUGUAUAUUAUAUCCAAGACACAACACUGUAAAUAUCAAUCUGACCUGCCAAACCUUAAGGAGAACUGGUGCUUUUUCCAUAUGUAUUAGUACAAUGUUAUCAGGCUCAGUUUUGCAUGUUUUUAAGAGUGGCUUGAAUCUUAAAAUUUACUUUGAUAAAUGAAAUAAAGUAAAGCACUGUAUAAUAUGUAUGUGUAUGUAUAAAGAUUUGUGAGUGUGAGUGUGUGUGUGUGUAUAGGCCCAUUAAAGUGUGCAGGCUAUAAAAAUGCUUUUUCCCCCCGUGUGUUUGUUUACCUUAGUUAAAUGUCAGAGUCAAAAUAAUACAGAUAAAUAAUUGGCAUGUGAGUGUCAUGCUUGGUUAACUCAGAUAAUUGUUACAGAUGGGUGACGGGAUCCAAAAACAUGCUACAAGUCAGGUUGGUCAAAGGAAAUGUAUUUUAAUGAUGUAAUAUUCAAUAAGAUGGGAUUUUGAGAGUACAGAUCAUUGUGAUUAAUCACAAUCAGCCUUAUUGGCUAUUCUCUGUCCUUUAAAGAGCUGAGCGGGCACACAGACAGACCAGUGUGGAGAAAGACAUUUAAUGUUCAUUACUGUGCCUCAGUUUGUCUUUUAAUUUUUAUUUACACCUUCU